AACUAUCCUCUUUAUAACUUCAUUGUGAAAUUCAUAUAGUUUUUAGCCUGGCUAAGUGCACAACAUGGCACCUAGCGUGAGUGCCAGAUCGUCGCAGAAUUUUGCUUGCCUUGCGAGCGACGGCCGGAAGAAUCCAACUCCAGGGUUUCGUGUCGACUGCCCGACAGGUCGGGAAGAUGGAAUUAAGAGCAAGACGGGCGAUGCUUGGAUCGCUGGGAAACGGAUUGAUGAUGACAUAGGAAGCCUGUGGAGGAUUCACGACAAGCUCUACGACCUCACCAACUUCAUUGCAAAACAUCCAGGAGGUCGGUUUUGGCUGGAGACGACGCGCGGCACGGACAUCACGGAGGCGUUUGAGUCUGCCCACGUCAACCCCGCCGUGGCGAAAAUGUUGCCCAAGUUCUACGUGAGGGAAGCAACCAACAAGAGAAACUCCCCCUACACUUUCCAUGAGGACGGCUUCUAUAAAACUCUGCAGAGGAAGGUAUGGCCCAUCCUGAAGAAGAUUGGAACAGGACCCAACCUGAAGAUCAGGCUCCUCAUGGACUCCUACGUAGCCAUCUUCUUGGCACUGCUGGUGACAGCGUCGCUGUAUCACUCUUACCUAGCGGCCUGCGGUGCCGGUGUGGUAUUGUGGAUGAUUUGUGCGUUGUCGCACAACUUCUUUCACCAAGCAGACAACUUCCGGAUGUACUACUUUGACUUGUCACUGAUGGCUUCCGCUGAGUGGCGGAUCACGCAUGGACUGUCGCAUCACUUGUUCACCAACACGCUCUACGACUUCGAGAUAUCUGUCCUGGAACCAGCAAUGCGCUUCUUACCAGAUCCUCACAAGCACAUCAUGAACAAAUACGUGUCACCUGUAGCCUGCCACUUAGUGUUAUUGUUCGCAUUCUUCGUCAAUGGAUUCAAAAGGAUCGCUGCUAUAAUCAUGGGUACUCAUAAGCUAGUGUGGGCCAACGCACUACCGCUGGUAGAGUGCGCGCUCAUGAUGCUCGUCUCCGGGAGUGUUCAGACCGGCUUCAGCUUGUGGAUGGCGAUGGUGUUCUCAUCAAGCUUUUGCUUCUCAUGGAUCGGUGUUGUGGCCGCUCACCACCACCCUGAGAUCUACCACGCCUACGAUACCUUCAGGAGCGACCCUGACUGGGGGCUGUGCCAGUUAGACGCCGUGCGGGACAAAGUUGAAGUGACUGGAUCCCUUUUCCUGACAUCAAUUUCUUUUGGAGAUCACACUCUUCAUCACCUCUUCCCAACCGUCGAUGCUUCGAAGCUGCCUCAUUUGUACCCUGUAUUCCUCGAGACAUGCAAGGAAUUUAACGUGAAUUUCAGUUUUUUGCCCGCGAAGCAACUGGUUUGCGGGAUGUACACGCAGCUGUGCUCCAAUAAACCUAACCCUGAACCUCCGCGCUUCCCGCGAGAUCAACCACUUCUGCCUGAAGUUAUUCGCAAUAUGAUGGAAGAGGAUAAGGAUACCAAGUAUCAGAAAGAAAAAUGAGGCUCGCAAGAUGAAGGAGUGUAAUGAUGGUGAAAAAAGUUAGAAAGAAUCAAGUUAGGCAUUAAUCCCUCAAUGUGAUUAGGAUGUGCUCAUGACACAUUCUAAUCAAUGUGUCGGUGUAAUUAGGACAUGUUUCGGUGAAAAGUGAAAAAAAAACGAGUGAAAACAUGCGUUGUGCAAUAAUUAGUACAUUAAAUGGUAGUAGUGAAAAUUAUAUUAUACGAGAGUCAGAAGGUAUCAUCAAUUAUUCGAUAGGUUUUUAUGGCUCAUUAAUUGUUAUAGGUUGCGAGAGUAUACCUGCGAAAAUGAUGCGGUAAUUUUUGUGCAAAUUAUUCGCAUAUCAAUGCCGUUAAGUUGAACUUAAUGUCAUUAACUGGAAAAUGAUUUUAACGAUUAGGAAAACUGUUCCGUCUAAAAUGAUUUUUAAGAAGUAGGAAAACAGUUCCUUCUAAAAUUAAGUAAGAAAACUUUUCCGUCUAAAAUCGCACCCAUUGCAGACUGUAAUGUAAUGAGCAGCAAACCACAACCUGUAGUGCGUGCAUCACUUGUGAUACUCGUGAUACUUCGAGGUGGGACGCGCCCACAAAUUCGUAUUCACGGAUGAUGAAAUUAGUGAAUUAUUUUUCGUUUUACAAAAAUAUCUAAUUCCCAACAAAAAUGAUCCGGCAACCAUGUGCGACUGUUGCCACACUCUUCUUAAAGUUAAAUUCAAACGCGAAAAAUUAUAAAUAAUAUUGGUACAAAAUUUUGAAAUGUAACAAUGUUUAUGAAAUGGCGCCGGCGGCGCAGGUUUGGAGCAGCGGUCUCUGAUAAAUUUGGUUUGAUGUGUAUAAAUUUUUGCUCUGAAUUAUCUUCAGGAUGAGUAAAAAGUACUUAAAGUUAAGUCAAAUAUACUUUUUACACUUUGACGUUGCCACCUAAGAUAUGUUGGCCUUGGUCGCAAGAGGUCUGAUGCCUACAAGCUCCAGUCAGAUAAAACCGUUCACGCUGACUGUGCUUCUUACACAGCGAACAUUCUACUAGGCAACAAAAUCGAUUAUUUAUUACCGUAUUGUAUCUUCUAACUUGCAUAUGACAUAUAAUAAACCUUGUAAAGGAC